AUGCAGCCACACAUGAAGCAUCAGCAACAGCAGCAGCAGCAGCUAUUCAAGGAAAUGUUUGAUGUCGAGGAGGACGGUACAUGUUGUCUGUGUCUCCUAAACGGCUGCUUUCGGCUGCAGCAACCCAAAGGUCUUUUAACACAUAUUCAUCUAUCACGGCCCCACAUCCCUUCUAUACCUAGUGAUUUGCUGCUGCAGCUGCAGCAGCAGCAACAGCUGCAGCAGCAGGUGCUGCUGCAGCACUUUACAGCAACUCCUUUUGACCUCUUCGUCUCGCUUAAACUUGAGAUACGGGGGCCCGCUAGAGCCCUAUGCUGCAACUUACCCCGCAUCCUAAUGCCUGAGGAGAUAUACCAGCAGCUGCAGGAGGAGAAGAGAAAAGAGGAGGAGAGGCAGCAGAAACAGCAGCAGCAGCAACAGCAGACAGUGCCCGUGCAGCAGCAGGAUGAGGAGGGGCUAUACCUCUGCCAACAGGAGCAGCAGCAACAGACCCUACAGGAACAGCCCUCUCUGCAGCAGCAGCAGCAGCAGCAGCAGCAGAUGCUGCAACUGCAGCCUGGAAAGGGAUCGGGAGAAGACAAAUGUUUAAUUGAUUGGGAUAAGAGGUGGAGACACAAGACCUAUGAGGAGGGGCUAUACCUCUGCCAGCAGGAGCAGCAGCAACAGACCCUACAGGAACAGCCAUCGUUGCAGCAGCAGCAGCAGCAGCAGCAGAUGCUGCAACUACAGCCUGGAAAGGGAUCGGGAGAAGACAAAUGUUUAAUUGAUUGGGAUAAGAGGUGGAGACACAAGACAGAAAGAAGAGGAGUUUGGAUAGAUAGUUUCGGGUGUCUCCGUUUGUUGUCUCGUCUGCUGUCUCCUCUCCCUUUUUCUUUUGCUUCUUCUCUCGCUUUCUUCUUUCUUACUUAG